UUCGUUUCUUUGUGUGCACCUGUGAAGCUACAAUCAUUCGGAUGGUUGGCGUCGACCUCUUACGUCUCGGUUACCAGAGCUCCGAACUCCAAACCUCCGCUCCGCCUCCGCAUCCGCAGUACAGAGGUGUCUGUUUCACCCAAGGAUCAACCAGCUUGAGCGAUAUCUACCCUAACUUGCGAUUCCGCACUACGCCGUCCUAGUGCUCUAUAGUCUCUAUCUCUUCUACGCCCUAUAAUGGUAGUCACCCUUGUGAUCAUCCCAUCUCGAUAGCCACCAUGCCGCAGGAGCGCGCCGUAAACGACGAAGAGACGCAGCCUCUCACACACGCCGGAAGCACCCCGCGCGAAUCGGAGGACGGAAGUGAUGACUCUGUUUCCUCCGCCUCUACAACUUCGCUCGUUCUCGAACAUAUCAACAACAAGGGGACAAACGGAACGUCGCACGGGCAGAGGCUUGGAGAGAAAUACCGAGAUGACGAUACUGAUGGGCCUGAGCGUGCACGAGAGACGUUCGAUCUGGAGGAUGCAAAUAUCCAGGGGCUGAAGCCAGUAGACAAGAAGGCGCGUCGGUUACUUUGGAUUGUCGGAGCAGUAUGUGUCUUGGGUUGGGCGCUGGCUCUGAUCUCGUUCCUCGCGUCUGGAAACUACAAGCACGCCUCGGCCCGUCCGCACGACCCUCUCGCAAGUUCCACAAAGGGCUCCGGUAAAAAGGUCUCUCUGAACAGUGUUCUAUCCGGGCAGUGGUUCGCUUCAACGCAGAGCGUGUCGUGGAUCGCAGGCGCAAACGGGGAAGACGGCCUGCUGCUUGAGAAGGGGUCUGCCGAUAAAGAUUAUUUGGUGGUGGAGGACAUCCGAAAUAAGGGAAAUGCACAAACCACUGGAACGAAAACUGUUCUAAUGCAGAAGCGCAUGUUCAAGUACAAAGAUGGAUACAUUUACCCUGACCAGGUUUGGCCAAGCAAGGAUCUCAAAAAGGUUCUUUUGAUGUCUGAUAUGCAGAAGAAUUGGAGACACUCGUUCACCGGGAAAUACUGGAUAUUUGACGUUGAGACGCAGAAGGGAGAACCGCUGGAUUCUGCAGAACCGGAUAGCUACAUUCAGUUGGCGUCUUGGUCCCCGCAGGCAGAUGCCGUCGUUUUUACCAGGAGAAACAACAUGUAUUUGCGGAAGCUUGACUCCCCCGUUGUCGUUCCGAUCACAAGCGAUGGUGGUUCCGAGUUGUUCUACGGUGUUCCGGAUUGGGUGUACGAAGAAGAAGUCUUCCAAGGAAACAGUGCAACCUGGUGGUCUGAGGAUGGAAAGUACAUUGCUUUCCUCCGCACUGACGAGUCGACCGUACCAACCUACCCCAUCCAAUAUUUUGUUUCUCGUCCAAGCGGAAAGAAACCUGAACCUGGCGAAUCUGCAUACCCCGAGGUUCGCGACAUCAAAUAUCCUAAGGCUGGUGCUCCGAAUCCCAUCGUGUCACUACAGUUCUAUGACGUCUCAAAAUCCGAGGUUUUCAGCGUUAAGAUCGACGGAGACUUCGCGGACGACAAUCGCCUCAUUACGGAAAUCGUCUGGGCAGGCAAGAGUCAGAAAGUUCUGGUCCGUGAAACAAACCGGGAAAGCGAUGUUCUCAAGAUUACGUUGAUUGAUGUGCAAAGCCGUACUGGCACGACUGUAAGGUCAGAGGACGUCCAGGCUUUGGAUGGUGGUUGGAUGGAAGUAUCACAGAAGACCACUUUCGUGCCCGCCGACCCAAACAACGGCCGUGAACACGAUGGAUACAUUGAUACCGUCAUUCAUGAAGGCUACGAUCACAUUGGAUACUUCAGCCCUCUGGACAACUCUAAACCCGUACUUUUGACAAAGGGGGAGUGGGAAGUCGUCGAUGCCCCUUCGCGAGUUGAUCUCAAAAACAACCUAGUCUAUUAUAUCUCCACAGAGCGAGGCUCCAUGGAACGCCAUCCAUAUGUAGUCAAACUCGACGGAACUGGCAAGCGAGAGGUCAUUGAGAACAACGACGCAGGUUACUACAGUGCUUCAUUCUCAGUCGGUGGUAGCUAUGCUCUCAUCACAUACAGUGGGCCUGGCAUCCCGUGGCAGAAGAUCAUCAGCACGCCUUCUGCUUCUGUUAAAUACGAGAAAGUACUUGAAGAGAAUGCGGCUCUUUCUAAGCUUGUUAGCAAACACGAGCUACCUAUACUCAAUUAUGAGACUAUAGACGUAGAGGGUUUCAAGUUGAACGUUCUCGAACGUCGUCCUCCACACUUCAACCCUAAGAAGAAAUACCCUGUCCUGUUCUACCAGUACAGCGGACCAGGCUCACAGACCGUCGACAAAAAGUUCAAGGUUGACUUCCAAUCCUACAUCGCUUCCAGUCUCGGCUACAUUGUUGUCACUGUCGAUGGGCGUGGAACUGGCUUCCUCGGUCGCAAGUUGCGCUGUAUUACAAGAGGUAAUAUCGGAGCCUACGAAGCCAAAGACCAAAUCGCUACUGCAAAAAUGUGGGCUGCCAAGAAAUACGUCGAUGCAGAGCGAAUGGCGAUCUGGGGCUGGAGUUACGGGGGCUUCCAGACGCUCAAAACACUUGAAGUGGACGCAGGUCAGACCUUCAAGUACGGCAUGGCCGUUGCUCCUGUCACAGAUUGGAGGUUCUACGACUCGAUAUAUACGGAACGCUACAUGUACACACCACAAAACAACUCACAAGGCUACGACAGCACAUCGAUCCAUGACAUCGACUCACUCCGCAAAAACGUCCGUUUCCUAGUCAUGCACGGCGUCGCGGACGAUAACGUCCAUAUGCAAAACACACUCACGCUCCUCGAUAAACUCGAUGUCGCUAGUGUAGAGAACUAUGAUGUCCACUUCUUUCCCGAUUCGGACCAUAGCAUAUACUUCCAUAAUGCUAAUAAGAUUGUUUACGACAAAUUGAGUUCUUGGCUCAUCAAUGCGUUUAAUGGCGAAUGGCUGAGGAUCGAGAACGCGGUUCCCAAGGCGCAGAUCGAUGGCCGGUCUGUGGUACGAUAG